UCCCGGAACGUUCUGAACAGGUUGAACCAGUUCUAUGAACUACAAAACACAGACACAACCAUACAUGAUACAAAAUGUUCGCAGGACACAUUUACGCUACAUGGAGAACAAGCUCUCGCAUUGCAGUUUGAAAUAAGUACAGGAAUUAUAACAGCAUACGUGCUCGGAAAACACACAAGCCGAGAUUUUUAUUUAUUUUCUUUGGAGGAGUGUUGCGAACCAGGUUGAACCUGGUAGAGCCGAGAUAAACUAGGAGAGUCGGAGAGUGGGAUCAUCAAGUGAACAACAGAGUUUGCAGGAGAGUGUGUGGUGAUGGGGACAGAACUGCGGAUUGUGAUCUUCGGGACCCGCUGGUCUGGGAAGAGCUCCUCAGGAAACACCAUCCUGGGGGCGCCGAAGUUUGAGUGCGGCCGUGUCAGGACCCUCCAAUGCGAGGUUCGGUGUGGCACUGUGUCUGAACGCUGCCUCACCAUUGUGGACGUGCCUGGCUGGAGUCAUUUUCCCAUCACUGAGACAUCAGAGGCCAGCAAACAGCAAUUCAAACUCAGCUUGACCAAGUGCCUUCCAGGCCCUCAUGCCUGCCUGUUGGUCAUUCCACUGGACAUGGCCUUUACCAAGAAGCAGGGCCAGUAUGUGCAAGAGCACCUGAGUCUCCUGGGGGAUCGUGUGUGGAAACACGUGGUGGUUCUCUUCACCUGUUGGGACUACCUGGAGAACAAGACCACAAUUGAUGAUCAUAUUAAGAGCGAAGGGGAGGCUCUUCAGAAGGUGCUGGAGAAAUGCAAUUACAGGUUCCAGGUGUUUGACAACAAGAGGAACACCAACCCUGGUCAGGUGGAUGAGCUACUGACCAAGAUAGAGGAACUUGUGAAGAUGAAUGCUGGUGAGAUCUACAAAGCAGAUGAGAAGAUCCUGCAGUCCAUUGCUGAGAAGAGGAAACUGGCAGCAGAGAGGGCGUCACUGAGGAAGAUAGAGAAUGACAAACAAAGGGAAAGGCAAAGACAGCUUCUAAGAGAACUUGAACAAGACCAGCCAAUCGCAGAUCUUAGGGUGGUUCUUCUUGGAAGUCGGCAUGUGGGAAAGAGCUCCACCCUGAACACAAUCCUGGGAGAGAAGGUCCAUGAGUCUGGAAAGAGGACAGCCAGCACUGUGAUGCACGAGGGCCACAUGGGCCAAACCCCUGUCAAGGUGGUGGACACACCUGGUUGGUGGAGGAGCUUCAAUGUCAAGAACACCACAGAACGCAUGAAACAGGAAAUUAUGCGCAGCGUGUUCUUCUGCCGUCCGGGGCCCCACGUGUUCCUGUUGGUCAUUGACACAGAAGCCUCCUUCACGGAACUACAACGUGACGCAGUGGAGAGCCACCUGAGGUUGCUAGGAGAAGAUUUGUGGAGACAUGUGAUUGUGAUGUUUGCCCGAGGAGACUGGUUGAGAGAGGAAACCAUCGAGGAGCACAUUGAAGCAGAAGGAGCAGCGCUCACAGACCUGGUCAACAAGUGUGGGAACCGCUAUCAUGUUCUAGACAACAGAAGCAUGGGCGAUGGCACUCAAGUCACAGAACUGCUCCAGAAGAUGAAGGAGCUUGUUGCUGUGAACCGACAGGACUUUUUCAGAUGUGAUGAAAAGGUUUUUCAGGCCAUUGAGGAGAAACGGAGCUUGAUGAGGCAGAGGAGCAGAGCGAAGACGGGAGAAAUCAUGACACAGAGACAAAAAAUUACCCGGAGGCCUCUGAGUGACAUCCAUCUGGUCCUAUUAGGGCAGAAGACCGUGGGAAAAAGCGCCUCUGGAAACACUAUCCUCUGCCAGGGCCUACUGCCCACAUGUUUCAACACUAAAUGCCAGUACGCCACAGCAGACGUGGUUGGUCGGAAGAUUGUUGUGGUGGACACCCCUGGCUGGAGUAAAUAUUAUAAGGAUUUUACUCUAGAGCAGGAUAAAGAGAUCGUCCGAGGGCUCACACUCUGCCCUCCCGGACCUAAUGCUUUCCUGCUAGUCCUGCCCUCAGACAUGGCUUUCACAACUCAACAGCAGAGGGCACUAGAGGAGCACAUGGCCUUGUUUGGUGAGGACAUUUGGAAAUUCACUCUGGUGGUGUUUACCUAUGGUGACCAGCUGGGGGAUCAGACCAUCGACGAGCACAUCAUGAUGGAGAGUCCUGCCCUGCAGCGGCUGGUGGAGAGGUGUGGAAACCGGUACCACGUCCUCAACAACAAGAGUAAGAGCGAAAGCAGCCAGGUCCCCGCACUGCUGGAGAAGAUCGAGGAGAUGGUGGCUCUUAAUGAAGGCCAGCACUACAGCCCAAACAUGAUGGAGAUUAACCAAAGAGUGGAGGAAAAGUUUACGAAGCGAGAAAUCAGCGUCUGCUUGGAGAGAAAAUGGAGGGAGCGGGAGGUGGAGAUGCGCAAAGAGUUCAGAGAUUACCUGUCUGAUCUGCAAGCGGAUCUGAGAGGACCAAAGGGAUCUGGACUUCACACACCUGACAUGACCCUUCAACCCAAACCUGCAAAACAAGACCGUUGGAGGAAACCCAGGAGUGUGCUCACACUGGUAAAGCAGAGCAAAAGGACUGAGAAGGUGGAGAGGAAGAUCAUUCAGAAAAUACACAGCAUAGAGACAGAGCUGCAGAAAUCUGAUCUUCCAGGUUCCAAGUUGAAUCACAGUUUGGAUUUCCUAUGGCCUAGCAUGAGUGGAAGCAUCAGGACUUCUUCAUCAGAGCCCAGGAUAUCAGAGCUCAGCCAGCGGCCCGAACCCAAGGGCAAGUUCAGAGAGGUGCUGUCCUGGCUGUCCACAAUGAAGAUCCAAAAUGAAGAUCUCCCCACCCUCAACUACUCACAGGCCACUUCCGGCUACCAGUCCAACCUCUCAGACGUAUUCUCAGAGGAAAACAGCCACUGCAAAAACUAAAAACUAUACACAUACUAAAAACUAAUCAGGGGGCAUUACUAUUAACUGUACCUUAUGGCCCACACUGUGUUUAUAUACUGUAUAAACUAAACCUAUACUAGCUAAUGGGUCUUCUCAUUGCCUUCAUUGAUUAAGGGUUAGAAAUAUAAUGCAAGGUGGUGGGGUUAUUUUUACACACCACUAUUGUAGUGUGUGCCCAUGGAUACCACUAAUGGCUUGUACUAAAGUAUUUAAAGCAGCACAACGGAGGAAUUGCUAACGAGAUGCUAGCGGCUAAACCUAGCGAAACCUGUUGAAAUUUGCUUACUUUGACACUAUGACAAACUAGUGAGUCAACAACUUUCCUAUCACAUUCAAACAUCAAGCAAGUGCAACACAAGACAAAGCAAGAUGGCAAAUAAGUACUUACUAGUCCGGUAGAGAGUAGUACUCGGGCGGCUUCCAGAAACGAAUAGGCCUACGGACCCUGGUAUAGCGAUGGCACAGAGGCCAUUCUCCAUAUUAAAUGUCAUUGUAGCGCCCCAAUUUUUUUAAGCUGUUAUUUUAAGGUAAAAUUUCUAAUCCUAACCCUAACCCUAAAUUACUGAUGGUUAUUAACAUGUGAAGACUACACCCUACUGUUACUUUAUUCUUCCUGAUGGUUAUUGACAUAAUAUGUGAAGAGAUACUUAACAAUGUGUGUUGUGUUAUAAGUACAAUUUCUCCUGCUGUUCUUCUGUUGUUACCAGUGUAGUUGCUGUAAAGCUGUUAUAUUUGCAAUAAAAUACAGUUUACGUCUCCCA